AUGGCUCCUCUCGUUGAAUUGCAGAAGUAUCUGUUUUCGGUGGUAGCGGUACUCCUGGCGGUUCCGCAUCGACGUGUUUUCUCCAGGCCUGGGUGGGACCGAGGAAUAAACAACGACUUGGUGGUACAUCUGAAUCACGCCGGAGCCUCGCCAUCCCCUACAGCCGUCAUCGAUCGCGUAUACGAACACUUGCUACUCGAACAAACAUUGGGCGGAUAUGCUGCCGCCAAGGUUGUCGAAGAGGAACUGCGACGAGUGUACAAGCUCACGGCUGAAUUAAUUUGUGUCCAUGACCACGAGGACACUUGGUCUUCUCCAAGGACCGAUGGGUCAGACACUAUUGCCUUGGUGGAAAGCGCUACGGUUGCCUGGACACGUCUGUUUUACGCGUUUGUAUCCUCCUUGCAAGAGCAAGAGAAGAAGAGUACUGUGCCGCAAAAGAGCCCCAAGGUCAUUCUAGUUUCCGAAGCCGAGUACGCGGCCAACGUCGUGGCGGCGAGUCGCUGGGCGACUACUCAUCCCGACUGGACCGUCUUGGCAAUUCCUACAAAACUAGACGCAAAAGGAGCGUCGACCGGAAAAAUAGACACAGAUGUCCUGCAAGCCAUGCUCGAUGGGGACUACGUGUAUAAGGGGACUGUGAAACUCAAUCCAUCCCGAAUCAAACUCGUCUGUGUUACCCAUGUACCGACCAAUUCGGGUGUUAUCAAUCCGGUACAAGACGUUGGGCAACUUAUCGCCGCCUUCAAUGAGAAGUACCAAAAUCCAAGUUACCGGCUUCCAUCAAUUCUCUAUCUUGUCGACGCGUGUCAAUCGGUAGGGCAACUACCUGUAGAUGUGAAUCGCAUCCAGUGUCACGGUCUGGUCGCAACGGGUCGCAAGUAUCUCCGCGCUCCCCGCGGGACAGGGUUUUUAUACAUUGCGCAUAACGUCUGCCAAUACGUAUGGCCCCACCACAUUGAUCACUAUGGGGUACCGGUGUCGGAGGUUCCACAACAAACUUGGAGUGUCGGGACCCCCGUUGAAGACGUAUUGCAGUUUGCCCCGAGACAGGGCGCAUCGCGCUUUGAGUUUUGGGAAUCCAACGUUGCGGGCAAAUUGGGUCUCGGGAAAGCCAUUGAACACGCACUUACUGUGGGGUCGAGUCAAAUCACUGAUUCUAUCGUGAACGAUUUGGUACCGUACUUGUACCAACGGCUGCGUACGAUGCCUCAUGUACAUUUAUACUGUCCACCGGAAUGUGGCAUCGUCACGUUUUGGGUGGAUGGCAAAGAUUCCGUAGAUGUUCAACGUGCCCUCUGGCAUUUCGACGAGGAUGGCAAACGCUUUGAGGUUAGCGUAGUUCCAGCCACAUCGACCCCUCUCGAUUCCGCAAGGACCAAAGCACCAAACCUUGUCCGGGUAUCCCUUUCCUAUACAACAACAACACAAGAGCUGGACUUGUUCGUCGAUCGCCUAUCCAGACUUUUUGUGACUGAUGAAGCAUAG